CAUGAACGCGCAUCAUAGUGUGUAGUUACAGAGCGCACUGGCUGGGUGGUUCGUAGUAACUGUGUACAAGUGUUUUGCUUUUCGGGCUUUUAGAGAUUCGAACAACUUCUUGAAUUUGACUGAGCACAAUCUUGGAUAAAAUACUUUUAGCACGUGUUUCCUCUGUGUGUGGGUUGUUUUUUUUUUUGGGGGGGGAAAGUCUUGCGUCAUAUUUGUAAAGACAGUCGGACACGUCCUUCGUUCUGUCGGCCUUGGGAACCAGCUAGCUUAGCCACUUGUUUUGUCGCCGCGGUGGUUUAGGGGUAAAACCUUACACACUGAGAGGUUUCACCCAGGAAUGGAUACUGGAGUUGUCACCGAAAAGAAAAGGGUGAGCUCGGAGCGCAGGAAGGAGAAGUCCAGGGAUGCGGCCCGAUGUCGCAGGGGCAAAGAGUCUGAGGUGUUCUACGAGCUUGCACACCAGCUGCCCCUGCCCCACAAUGUCACCUCCCACCUGGACAAGGCCUCCAUCAUGAGGCUCACUAUCAGCUACUUGCGCAUGAGAAAAUUGCUGAACUCUAGUCAGUCCAAGGAUGACGCAGAGGAAGAGUCUGAGCUGGAGAGCCAGCUGAACAGCUUCUACCUGAAGGCCCUGGAAGGCUUCCUAAUGGUGCUGUCUGAGGAUGGAGACAUGGUCUAUCUCUCUGAAAAUAUCUGCAAAUGCAUGGGCCUCACACAGUUUGAUUUGACCGGCCACAGCAUUUUUGACUUUGCACAUCCCUGUGAUCAUGAGGAAAUAAGGGAAAUGCUGUUGCUCAGAACUGGGUCCAAGAAAACCAAGGAGCAAAGCACAGAGCGAAGCUUCUUCCUGCGUAUGAAGUGCACGCUCACUAGUAGAGGACGCACUGUCAACAUCAAGUCUGCCACUUGGAAAGUUCUUCACUGCACAGGACAUGUGCGUGUUCAGGAGGACGGUGAUAAAUCUGGGGAAGGUGGAUUUAAAGAGCCCUCCGUUACCUAUCUGGUUUUGAUCUGUGAGCCUAUCCCUCACCCCUCCAACAUUGAGGUGCCUCUGGAUAGCAAAACUUUCCUAAGCCGCCAUACUCUGGACAUGAAGUUCUCAUAUUGUGAUGAGAGAAUCACAGAGCUGAUGGGACAUGAGCCAGAUGACCUGCUAAAUAGGUCUGUGUAUGAGUACUAUCAUGCCCUGGACUCUGACCACCUCAAAAGGACACAUCAUAAUUUGUUUGCAAAGGGCCAAGCUACCACAGGUCAGUAUCGAAUGCUGGCCAAGAAGUCGGGCUAUGCAUGGGUCGAAACUCAAGCCACAGUCAUUUACAACCCCAAGAACUCCCAGCCACAGUGCGUUGUGUGUGUCAACUAUGUUCUCAGUGGUAUUGUGGAGGAGGACGUGGUUCUUUCUCUACAACAGACUGUGCCUGAGAAGACUGUGGAGAAGGACAAGGACCUGCAAGUAGAGCAGGAGGACAGUUCAGUUAUGGGCAUGAUGAAGCUCUUCAAGAAAGACCUACUGACGUGUUCUGUGGAGAGCCCCAAGAGCCUGUAUGAGAAACUAAAGGAUGAGCCAGAAGCCCUCACUGUUUUGGCUCCAGCUGCAGGGGAUACCAUUAUUUCCCUUGAUUUUGACAGCCAAGACUCUGAGAUGCAGCUGUUGAAGGAGGUGCCCCUCUACAAUGAUGUCAUGCUACCCUCCACCACUGAGAAACUCCCUUUGCCGCUGUCACCACUGGCUCCCAGCACGCCAUCUCCAGCUUUGGUGAAAAUGGAGUCUGGAGGAGAGGACUUUUCAUUCUCGUCCUCAUCACGCCGCACCCCGGACACUGCCAAUACUCCUUCCAGCUCCACCAGUUCCUCAGAGCCCAGCAGUCCACCAGAUUACUUCCAUGUGGAUUCAGAUAUCUGCUCUGAAUUUAAACUGGAUUUGGUUGAGAAAAUGUUUGCUACUGACACAAAUGCCAACACCCAGUUUAACACGCACGAAAUGGGUGACCUUGAACUCGAGAUGCUCGCCCCAUAUAUUCCAAUGGAUGAUGAUUUCCAGCUCCAUGUCCCCUCCCCUCUGGACCCACUGCCCUCUGGUCCUCAGACCGGUUCUGACGUGAGCUCCCUCUUCCAGCAGUCACCUACUCGUCCGUCUUCAACAUCCAGCUCCAACGGCUCUCUAAAAGCAGAGCCAUCAUCCCAUGUCCCUUCUCCCCUCCACCUGCUGCAGGAAGUGAGCAGCAUCUUUGUCACACCCUUCAAUGAGAACUCCCAAACCCUCAAGAACACCCCACAGGUGGACAUCCCAUUGGCCAAGAGAAUGGAAGGGCAAGACCAAGGGCUUUCUGAAAAGGUGUUAACUGUCCAGAAUGCCCAGCGGAAGAGAAAACUGGAGAUUACAUCACUGUCUCAGGCUGUCGGGCUGGAUGCUUUGCUCCAAUCUGUGGAUGAAGUUGUUGAGCCUGGAAAGAGGGCCAAAGUGCUGGAGGUUAAAGGUUCGAGCUUGCUCGGCGGGAACAAAACCAUUCUGAUACUACCGUCUGACGUGGCCAGUCGUUUGCUGUGCAGCUCAUUUGAAAGCAGCGGAGGGUUGCCACAACUGACACGCUACGACUGCGAGGUCAACGCCCCUAUUCAGGACCGUCAUCCCCUGCUGCAGGGCGAGGAGCUGCUGCGUGCUUUAGACCAAGUUAACUGAGUCUAGCUUGCUUAGCAAUUCCGGACACUGUAUCCCUCUGUAUACCCCACCACACAUUACCUUCCAAAGUAGAACCAUUGCCCCACCUGUUCACAGUCUGCUGACUGUCCCUACAUAUUCCAUCGCCCUUAACGGGUGUCCCACAUACCAAUGGUCUGGAGGCCAAAUCCUUAAUGAUUUAUCAGAGAUGCAUUUUCUCUCGCAAAUCCAAGCAGAGGAGAGUAGCCUCCACUAUGACCAAGAGCAAAGUCAAGAGCCUUAAUGUGAAACGCACACUUCCCUAAACACAAAUAUUCACUCGUCCCACACUCUGUCCCUUUUUGUCCAGUGUUUUUGUCUCCCAACACCCCAAGCAUUUUGUAUUGCAGCUAAAGUCGCACAAUAAACUAUUUUCGUAAGAUAGAAUACCAGCAGCUCAUGCAAUAUACAAAACCUUUUUUUAAACAAAUAUGUACUUUUAACAAAUAUUAUAACCAUUUUUUUUUCUCUCUGUUGCUUUUCUCAUUUAUCAGUCUUGUUCGUGAAUGGUUACAUUUAAGAGUUUCUUUCCCCAUCCAUAGGCUCCAUUGCAGAUAUUCAUAUUCUUAUUGCUAUGGGCAUACUCGUAGUUCAUCAGUAAGUGCACUGGUAAAAGCAGUUCUCACAAAUGUGCAAAAGGGAACUAAAUUGAAAUUGUGACAUUUUCGGCAAUGUGCAAAUGUUUCUUACAUCCUGUCCUAUCUCGAAGAGGUUGAAACAGAUGUUGAGUUUAUGAUAUUUGUUUUAAUAUUUUUAGCAGUCUUUUUUUUUUUUUCCCUCCUUUCUUUCCUGUCUUAAUGGGUGCUUACACUUCAUGCUUGCCCCAUGUCAUCCAGCAGGGUAGAUGUUAAUAUUAUGCUUUUGAAGCGUAAUGUAGUGUGAUCUUACAAAGCUGAUAACGGUUAUUCAAGUAUCUAAUGGUAUAGAGAACAUUACUGCUCACAUAAACGAACAUGUUUUCCUUGUGCUUUCAUCAGUCGACUUUGUCCUGCAGCUAUUUUUAUUCUGGUAUAUUUUGCAGUAGGAUAAACAUUUGCUUUUGUGGUUCUACUCUACUCUUCAUUUAUUUCAGCAGUCUGUACACAUUUCCUUAACACUAAUUGUAUUGUAUUUUUUUUGUUUGUUUGUUUUCCAUAAUCAUUAAAGGAUAAUUGUGGACCAGAA